CGUAUCCCUGCGGAGAUUCUUACAGGUCCCCGUCGUACCCCUGCGGAGGGUUCCUAUAGGUCCCCGUCGUACCCCUGCGGAGGUUCCUAUAGGUCCCCGUCGUACCCCUGCGGAGGUUCCUAUAGGUCCCCGUCGUACCCCUGCGGAGGUUCCUAUAGGUCCCCGUCGUACCCCUGCGGAGGUUCCUAUAGGUCCCCGUCGUACCCCUGCGGAGGUUCCUAUAGGUCCCCGUCGUACCCCUGCGGAGGUUCUUACAGGUCCCCGUCGUACCCCUGCGGAGGUUCCUAUAGGUCCCCGUCGUACCCCUGCGGA